AUGGGCAUUCCAAUGUCCAAGAUCAGUGAAAGCAACAUGCGAUUCCACGGGGUCAUCCCAGAGAAGAAAGCCGAUUCACACAGUCAAAUCACUCUUGAUGUGGUUUUUGGUGAUUCAAAGAAUUACCGCAAGGAAAAGUUGACGUUUGCUAUCAUGGAUUUUCACAGUGCCUAUCAUGCUAUUUUGGUCAAGCCUGCAUAUGCUCGUUUCAUGGGUCGACUGUGUUACGUGUACCUCAAGUUGAAGAUGCCUGGCCCCAGAGGUGUGAUCACAGUCACUGGAAAUCGGCAGAGAGCAGAAGAGUGCCUCCAGAAGGGCUCAAAGAUUGCCGAUGAACAGAUGGUAGCAGUAGAGAUGCAAGAAUAUCAUAAGAAUGCAGAUCCGAGUGAUUUGUUGCGUGCUAAGAAGCCUGCUUUAGAGUCUACAUUUUAG